AUGGGUCGUAAACCCAACCAGCUCAUCUUGGAGUUCUUCAUCCGAGGCCCCAAGCUUGAGGAUGCGAGCAAUCGCUACCAGCACACCUGCAAGGCUUGUGGCGAAAAGUUCCCGAAGGGUCGCAUUGACAGUCUCACCAAUCACUUGGUGAAGAAAUGCCAGGCACUCCCUCUCCGGGACCGCCAACGCGUGCUGCUUCGAUUGCACGAAUUGCCUGAUAUUGCAGACAGCGAGGGGAACAAGGACCCCAACACUGCUACCGGCAAGGGGAAGUCUGCCGAUGGGUCAUUCCCCAACCGCCCCAACUUUGACGGCCUCAACGUGCUGGCAGAAGCCUCGCGACAGGUCGGCGCCUCGGACCAGACCAAGCGUGGUCCUGCAUACACCCAGUCUGUGACCGUCGGCGGCAAGACUGUCGUGGUUGACCCGGCGCUGGAGGCUGAGGGCUUCCAGGGCCCUGAAUCGCAGCAGAACGAUGUCAAGCAAGAGGAUGGAGCCAACCCUCAGAGUUCCCCUCAUUCCUCCAACCCCCCUACCCUUCCUGCGCUUCCAAGUCAUACCUCCGGCGACCACCAGGGCUCCAUGUCCCCGCCUAUCGGUGACAACUCUCCGACGCCCGACUCGGCCUCGAAUGCUCGCCAGUCGCAGCUGUCCAUGAUCGCAGCGUCCGCCAGUGAGAUGGUCCCCCAGGGCCUCUCGAUUGAAGGCGACAGCCUCGGGUCUGAUGGACUGAAGAUGGGCCAGUGGAACCAGCAGCUGUCCACGCACGAGCAACUCCUUUUCGACAGCCUGCAAGAGCACGACCCGUCCUUGACGGCUACUACCCAGCGCGCCGCGUCGUACCCACGUCCGAUUGCCAUGAACCCAAACACCCAGGCGAAGGGAUUUGUCAACGAGUUUGGCAACUCCACGAAGCCCACGAAGCCUAAAGUGCGAGGCCGUUUCACUGCUGAUCGCCGUCUCGAGGUCCAGGAAGUCCGCAAGAAGGGCGCCUGCAUUCGCUGCAAGAUGCUUAAGAAGCCUUGCUCUGGUGACACCCCCUGCACCACUUGUGCCAGUGUGGAGAGUGCUCGUCUUUGGAAGGUCCCGUGCAUCCGAACUCGGCUUUCCGAAGAAUGCGAGCUUUACAAUGCCAACUUGCACUCCACCCUCGCGUAUCACGAUACGAACAGCAUCAAGAACCAAGUCAAGUUUGAGCACUACGCCGGCCGCAUUGAGGUGACACACUUCGAGGAGAGCAACGUCUUUCUUACCUUCAGUGGACUUCAGGGCCAUAGGGCAUCGGUUUCAGCGCUAGACCCUCAGUUACAGAGCCUAGGAGAUGACCAGUUUUCGGGACCCUCUCAGGAAAUUUACCUCUUGGAUAGUGAUGCCGAUGAUCUUCCUGGCAAGAUGGAUAUGUACAUCAAGAAGAUUGCUCCGUUCUUUUUCGAGCGAGAGACCUCGGCUUUCAUGAAGCCUACUCUCCUGCUUGCUUCCGAGAUCAGCCAGGCGAAGAAGGACUCUCUUCUGGAGCGUACGCUGGAGCUGUGGGUUGCCACUCACAUCUUGGUGGACACGGAACUGGGCUGGAAGACUUACUGCAACCCCACCCUCCCCCCGGCAUCGAUGCACGCUCUCUCGCAGCCUUCGGAUGACGGUCGUCUGCCCAUCGAUGAGGUGUCGGACCCUGAGUCUCAUGCACUGAUCUGCAGCCAGCUACGUGCAGCCAUGGAGAAGCGUGCGAUGCAGCUGAGCAAGUCAGUGAUCACCUCUCUCGAGCGCCGACUGAUCCAGCGCAUGUCGUCGGGCUUUUUCGAGACCUUCCUGAUUGGAAUUAUUCUCCUGAACUGCAUGGAGCGCACCUCCUGGCUGUUCCGCUCGUGGGACAACGAGACCUUUGCGCAGCGCUGGCCUCUGGAUAAGCGCCCGCCCUACUACUUCAAUCAGGUUGACCGUUUCUCGGACCUUUUGCACAUGAUGCUGCGCAUGCGCUAUGUUCCUCCCAAGACCACCGUUCGCCCCGAUACUGGCACGCUGAAGGCUGCGGAUGGAAGCGAUGAGAAUGCUCAGCGCUGGUUCGACAUGAUCCAGAUUUCGCCUUACUUCCUCGAGGAGCGUCGGAAUGCCGUCUUCAACCCGACUGACUCGCGGUCUCUGGAUCUCCACCACAGCGCCAGCUGGCUGCAGCCGCAGGCUUAA